AUGGGCAGGGAAAUGGAGCAGGUGAGAGAGACAGUGGCUCCAGACAUCAUGGGGGAGGGAGGAGAAGAUGUGAGCGAGAUGGUCGCUGGUACUACAUGUAACUUUGCUGAAACAUUUGAAACACUGUUAGCUAUUAAACAUGUGUAGAGUCCUGCUGUUCUGUCUGUCAGAGUGUGGGUGUACUGUGCAGUCACUGUAUUAUUCAACACAGUCUGGGUUCCUUGGGUGACAGUGGUGGAGUCUCUGGUCCAAGUGACAGUGGUAGCAGGUCCACCAGUGGAGAUACAGGUGAGGGUGAAUGAGUUGUCAUUAUGGAGAGUGAAAUUCAUACCACCAGACAAUGCUAGACGGCCUGAGUAUAG